AUGUUCAACGCAGCCUCAGGUUGUCUUUUUCUCACGGUCGAGGCCUCUGUCCGACAGAUGCGGGGUUACAACCGCACGGGCGAGUGGCCAGAGCCCAUUCUCACCAGCCCUGCCCCGCAGCGCGGCCGCUCGCCAAGCCCCGUCGAUGAGUGGUCAGAUGGCGGCCGCGACCUGCAGUGGCGACCAGCGACGGCGCCUGCGGCUCAGUCGUACGCAGCCGCGGCUGCACAGCCGCCUGCCGGCAGCCUCACAAUCCGGCCGGCCAAGCGCGGCCGGCGCAAGGCUGCGCCCCGCGUCGACAGGAACGCGCUCUCCGCGCGCGGCGACGGUGUGCCGCCGCGGCGUUCGCGCUCCUCAUCGCCUGACGCGCCGCCUGCGAAGCGGGCCUCUUCUGCCGGCUCCUCCGUUUGCGGCUACGACUCCGAGGCGCCGGAGGAGAUCCAGAAUGAGGCGCUCUACCGGGCCUGCCGCGCGUACGGCUUAGGUGAGCAAUUCCUCGCUGCGGCGCAGGACGAGGGCACAUUCGGCGAGUGGCUCGACGAGCUACCCUUCGAGGUGGCUGCGGCGACCGCCCGGCUGCUCAAGCACCACGCGCGCUCCGGCGCGUGGGUCGAGCUCUCGCCCGGCAACCCUAGCCAGGCCUCACGCGCUGGCCGCGACCGCGACCGCUCGAGCCCGAACUGCCCGUCAGAUAUGUCGGAAUUGUCGGAGAAUAGCGACUAG